CCCCGGAUCCGCGCCUGACAUGAUAUAGGCCGAUGCAUAUAAACCAAGAAAACGCCCGCCGCGAAUGACCGCGUCUGAUGUCAAAGUGCUUGUGAAAAUGACGUCAUUUUGAGUUUAGUUCCGGGAAAUUUCUGGAACGUGGGCUUAAAUUUAGUAAAUUUAUAGGUUUACUGUAGAUGUGAUAAUAUAGUUUCAGCCACCUGUUUUGUUUAUAUUGCACGAAAGAUCAUCGGAGCUUCGUGAAAUGUCCAAGUCUGAAAAGAAGACCCCUGUGAAAAAUGAAAAACCGAAAAGGUCAUGGGGUUGCUUUGGUUGUAUUCGAGCAAUGUGGGCGACUCGCGAGACGGAAGACACGUUUCUCAGUCCGGAGCUGUACAUACAAACUACGCUGCGAGAACUCAUCAUCUACGUCCUCUUUCUGACCGUCACGUGCAUCAUUACAUUUUCUAUGACAAGCACGACAAUGUUUUAUUUCACCAGUGCGAUGGCCAAUUUAUUUCUAGAUACCAAAACUGUACAUGCUGGAUCAUUUCGUUCGAUAACCAACACUUUGGAUUUUUGGCGCUUUGUUCAAGAUCCACUGAUAAACGGACUCCACUGGGACAAGUGGUACAACAACUUCGAGGUGCCUGAUGACCUGCAGGGUUACAUCUACUACGAGAACAAACUGCUCGGUCUGCCCCGACUACGACAACUCAAGGUCCACACUAACUCGUGUACAGUGCACAAAGAUUUUAAAUCCAUGAUUAUGGAAUGUUAUGCACCAUACGAUCACAAGAUUGAAGAUGUCACGCCAUUUGGACCACAUGAUGAUGGCCAGAAUUAUACUGCGUGGCACUACAAGAGUUCGGAGGAGCUGGGAGGGUCCACACACUGGGGGUACAUGGCCACGUACAGCGCAUCGGGCUACGUGCAGAACCUUGGCUUCAACAAGGUGCAGUCGUUGAAGAUUAUCAACCACUUGUAUCGCCAGACGUGGAUAACGCGUGGGACAAGGGCUGUCUUUAUCGACUUCACAGUUUACAAUGCCAAUAUUAACCUCUUCUGUGUGAUUAGAUUACUUACAGAGUUUCCAGCGACCGGUGGCGCCAUCCCAUCCUGGUCAUUCCGAACUGUCAAGUUGAUUCGCUAUGUCACAAAGGGAGACUACUUCGUCUUAGCCUGCGAAGGCAUCUUCUGUGUCUUCAUUUUCUACUACGUAAUAGAGGAGAUACUGGAGAUCAAGAGGCACAGAAUGGCGUACCUCCACAGUUUCUGGAAUAUCCUUGAUAUUAUAAUCAUCCUCAUCUCCCUUGUAUGUAUUGGCUUUAACAUAUUCCGUUCACUUGUCGUCAAAAAGAUGAUGUUGACUCUCCUCGAAAAGCCGGACAUUUACGCCGACUUUGAACGACUUGGUUACUGGGAGACGCGUUUCAUCAAUGCCAUUGCCAUCGCAGUGUUCCUGGCUUGGAUUAAGGUGUUUAAAUACAUUAGUUUUAACAAAACGAUGACCCAGCUGUCGUCCACUCUGUCGCGGUGUUCCAAAGAUCUCGCUGGGUUCGCCAUCAUGUUCUUCAUUGUGUUCCUGGCCUUCACCCAGCUCGGAUAUCUCCUGUUUGGAACUAUGGUGAAAGACUUCAGUAGCUUUCAGAAUGCCUUCUUUACGCUAUUCCGGAUAAUUCUCGGAGAUUUUGACUUUGAGGAGCUGGAGGCUGCGAACCGUGUCCUCGGCCCCAUGUACUUCAUGCUGUACGUGUUCUUCGUGUUCUUCGUCCUCAUCAACAUGUUCCUCGCCAUCAUCAACGACACCUACACAGAGGUCAAGGUCGACAUGUCACAGCAGGAGGACCAGUUCAGGAUGACGGACUUCUUCAAAGAGAAAACCAACAAGUUGAUGACGGUACUGCACCUGACCAGUGACAAGGGCCAUGGUGAGAAGAAACUCGUCAGAAUGGACGAGUGGAUCAAAAUACUUAAGGGGUUCGGCUAUGCCGACGUAGAAAUACAGGAAAUGUUUGAGAGGUUUAACUAUGAUGGAAGUCGGCUUCUCGACAUUGAUGAACAGAACGCCAUGAAGAAGGAUCUUGAUAAAAACAGAAAGAAAUCCGUGAAGAAAGAUAUGAAGGUAGCAGAUAAGGUUCAGGGUAAGGCACCGGGAGAGGAAGGCGGUAGUAGCGAUAGCGAUGAAGGCGGUAUAGCGAGGACAACAGGCGGGGCCGGCGUCACAUACGAUGACCUGGUGAUGCUGUCGAAACGCGUCGACAGAAUAGAAAGCACCAUUCUCUGUCAGCUCGAGGCUGUGCUCACCAAACUCUCGCAGAUUGAGUCUAGCAGGCUAACGCGAAGGUUUGACAGUCCAAGGUAUAGCAAUGUGAGUUCAAAUGAUCCCAGCACUAGUAGAGACCCGAGAGCCAGAAAGGCCAAAAUCCAGAAAAAAAGCCCGAAAAAACCAUAGUGGAUGUUACAAAAAGUAUGUGAAGACUUGUUACCUAAGAGCUGAACAUCUGACAAAUGGAAUUUCAUUACCUUUGUGCAUAGUCAACACUCAGAACUCUUUGUCUGUAGACUAUAGUUAUUUUAAGAGAUGUUCCUUAUUUUGUAGUCCAUUCAGCUGAUUUUUUUUUUCUUGUUCCAACCGGUGCAUCACAACUAGAAGAGAGCCAUGGUAUGUGCUUUCCUUUUUGUCUGUGGGAUUUUUACAGAUUUUUUUAUUGGAAUUAGAUUAAACCUGAAUGUUACAUCACACAUUAUUUCUUUAUUCACCGAAAGUCUUUAUGGUAGGUAACAAAUUUAAUAUCACUGAAUGAUGUUGUUGUUUUGUUUGUUUUGUUUUUUUUAGAGUAUUAGUGUCUACAUAUUUAACAUGUCUCGAGUCAUUGUAAUGUUUGAAGUCACUCAAACUUAUUUGCUAAAUUAUUUUGGAGUUUCAAUUGAGUCUGAGUAAUUACGAAUAUUGGGAUGACCAGAAACACACUGAACGUACAGACACUGGUAUUAUAACAAAGACAUUCUAACUAAUCUGUAAUUAAAUCGGCUCUGCUAAACAAAAAAACAUGUUACAAUGACUACAAGAUCAAAAAUAUGUGUUAUUUUUUGUUAGCUGUCAGAAGUUUAUUGAGUGAAAAAAAGCCAAGCAGAUUGAGUCUCCAUCCAUUCACGUGUGAAGGAGAUAACCAGGAUUGUGGGAAAUAGCCACAGAACAUAAUUAUUUACGCUGUAUGUUUUUAUAUAUUGUUAGCAGCUAUAGCAAUUUUAUUAAUAUCAGUAGGCCCGUGGAUUUUUUAUUUUUAUGUUACUGACUAUAGCAAAACAUGCACACACAAAGGUAAUAAUCUCUUUAUCACCUUUGCCUGCUCCUUCUGCCUGUUACCGGCUACAGUCGGACUGCUGGUGCUCCCUUGCACCUGCAAGUGCAGGCGGUCCCCCCUCCAACCCACCUCACCUUUCCUGUCCUGGACGGAGGAGCCAGCCAAGGCCGGCACCUGUGCCCAGGACAGGCGUGCACUACAACUGCUUGCUCUUAAUGUGAACGUUAAACACUCUGGUCUUGAUCUUUGCCUGCUUGUGGUCAACAUACCAGGAUAUUUGUUUAAUCAAACACACCCACUAAACCUGGCCAGAGUACAUCCAUUUUACACACAAAAAGUACUACAUUUGCAUGGGAUGGAAUUACCUCAAAAAAGUCUUCAAUGUUGACAAGUUGCACUGUUUUUAAACUACAUGCCCACCCGUGUCAGUUUCAGUCUUAACAGUUGCCACUACAAAGCUGUCUGCCAUGAAAUAGUCCCAGUCAAACAGUAGAGAACUUAUGUGUGUGUGAGUAUUUUUAACAUGCGCAUAUACCACUACGGUUUCAGGCAUGUCUGUCGCGGGCCAAGUCUCUGGAUAGCCAGUGGCUUGGUCCAGGACAGAAUACUAAGGGGCAAUUUAGAUUUUUAAACCAAAAUUGGGACUAGGGACUUUAAUAAUAUUUAAAUUCAAAAGCGCAAGUCCAAAAAUAAAUAACAAUAUAACCCUAAAUAAUUUUAAAAUUUGAGAUUUUAGAGCUGGCAGUUCAGAACUUAUGUGAAUGUAUUUCUGAAUUUUAAUUCAACAAAAUCGGAAGAUAACUGAUCUAUGGUAUGAUUUGGUGCUAAGGGGGGUAUAACCUCUAGUUCUACAUUGGAUUGGCAAAUAGGAUUGUGUUAGAUUUGGUGUUAAGGGGAGAUAACCACUAGUUAUGCAUUGGAUUGUGUUAGAUUUGAUGCUAAGGGGAAAUAACCACUAGUUAUUGAAUUGUUAUAUUUGGUGAUAAUGGAAGUUAUACAUUGGAUUGUGUUAGAUUUGGUGCUAAAGGGAGAUAACCACUAGUUAUACAUCGGAUUGUUAAAUUUGGUGCUAAGGGGAGAUAACCACUAGUUAUAUAUUGGAUUGUUAGAUUUGGUGCUAAGGGGAGAUAACCACAAGUUAUACAUUGGAUUGUGUUAGAUUUAGUGCUAAGGGGAGAUAACCACUAAUUAUGCAUAAGAUUGGUACACAAGGAUUGUGAUCCUUUGGUGCCCAAAGGGAAGAAUACAACUAUAGUCCAUGCUAUCAUACAACAUAUUUUGGUAAAUAAUUUCAGUUUGGUUUGACGUAAGAACAAAAGUAAAAUAAAAGUGUUUAGGAAAUUACACUAAAAAAAACAACACUAUUUUUAUUUGCAAUUUA